AUGGGAGCUUUUCAGGACUCCCUAAGGAAAAACAGAAACAUACUACUCUAUCCUAGGUUUUUCCAGAUUGUGCUCAACCAGUUGCUGACUCCUGCUGAAAGGGCUGUCUAUCCUAAUAUAGACAAUGUCAUAUGCUCCUUCAUGACCACAAGGGUGAUAUCUAUGCUGGAGAGUCACCAGAACUACACUAACAAUGAGGAUGUGGUUCUUCCGGAGGCAAUGCAAGAAUUCUUAAACAACCAGAACUUGCCUCCACCACACAUUCAAAAUGUUGCUGAUCCUGUGGUUCAGGAAGAGGAGGUCUCUGAAACACAAAGUGCAGAAGUUCCUGAGUCAUCUCAUCAAGCUGACAUUCCUGAGACUCAAACUUCUCAAAUUCAAGAAGAGAAACCCUCUGACCCACUGAGUGCUCUAGCUUUGAGUGAAACGAGAGAAACACCUACAGAACGCACUAGUGAGAACCCAACUGCCCAACCUACACCACUUCCAACUGUAUCUGUGACAGAAUUUGAAGCUCUGAAAUUCAAAGUUCAACAUCUUGAAGCUGAAAAUCUUGUUCUACGGGAGGAGUUGGUGGAGAUUAAGUCUACUAUGGAGCAAAGUAUAACCCUAACACUUGAAGAUCAAAUUCCCUACCUAUGGGGUGGGAGAAGAGAUAGGAGAUCAAAAAAUGAUGAGCCCGAGAAGGUGACCUAUGUAGGGGCAUCGCUCCCCGAGGAUAUGAAAUCCGAAUUUGUGAAAUUCUUGAGGAACAACCGGGAUGUGUUUGCUUGGACCGCAGCCGAUAUGCCAGGGAUUGGUCCCCUCUUUAUGACGCACACGCUUAACGUAAGCCCAGAUAGAAAACCCGUAAAACAAAAGAAGAGAAGUUUUGCCCCUGAGAGGCAGGAAGCCAUAAAACAGGAGGUCGAUAAGCUUUUGGAAGCAGGUUUUAUAGAGGAAAUCCAAUUCCCAGAAUGGCUAGCCAACCCAGUCAUGGUCAAGAAAGCUAAUGGAAAGUGGAGGAUGUGUGUAGACUUCACAGAUUUGAAUGAUGCUUGUCCUAAGGACUGUUUUCCUCUCCCAAGAAUAGAUACUCUGAUCGAUGCUACAGCUGGGCACGAGAUGUUGAGCUUUAUGGAUGGCUUUAAUGGAUACAACCAGAUCCGAAUGAAUAAGGACGACAUUCCUAAGGUAUCAUUCAUCACUGAUUUUGGUAUCUUUUGUUAUUUGGUUAUGGCGUUUGGUUUAGAGAAUGCAGGAGCCACAUAUCAACGCCUGGCAAAUAAGAUGUUCAAACAUCUGAUUGGAAAAACCAUGGAGGCCAACCCCGACAAGAUAAAGGCCAUCCUUGAUAUGGAGCCGCCUAAGUCUAUAAAGGAUGUUCAAAAGCUAACAGGAAGAAUCGCGGCACUAGAACGUUUCAUCUCGAAGUCCGGGGAUAAGUGCUUGCCCUUCUUUAAGGCUUUGAAGAAAGUUAAAGAUUUUGAAUGGACAAGUGAGAGCCAAGAGGCCUUUGAGCAGUUGAAGAAGUAUAUGGCAGAGCCACCACUCUUAUCAAAGCCCGUAGAUGGAGAAACAUUAUAUGUCUACUUGGCUGUCUCUGAGAAAGCACGGAGUGCGGUCUUGGUUCGUGAGGAUCGAAAAAUCCAGAAACCCGUCUACUAUGUUAGUAAGAUUUUGCAUGGAGCGGAGUUCAACUAUUCUGUGAUUGAGAAGUUUGCCUUAGCCAUGAUUACAGCUUCAAGAAAGCUAAGGCCUUACUUCCAGGCUCACAAAAUUGAAGUCUUGACAGACCAGCCCCUUAGGAACAUAAUGCAUAGCCCGAAGGCUAGUGGGAGAUUAAUCAAAUGGGCAGUAGAGCUUGGGGAAUUUGAAAUUCGAUACAAACCACGGGUGGCAAUCAAGGCUCAAGCUCUAGCUGACUUCCUCGUUGAAUGCACCCUUGACAACAAGGAAGUCGGGGGGAAGGAGAGUAUGGUAGAGGAACCCAAAGAAGAGGAGAAACCUAAAGAGUAUUGGUUACUAUUUUUUGACGGAGCUUCAAAAACAAAAAAUAGUGGGGCAGGGCUGGUGCUCCGAAGCCCGGAUGGCUUCACGGUCGAGUACGCGAUCAAGUUAGACUUUCCAACUACCAACAAUGAAGCUGAGUAUGAGGCCCUUAUAGCUGGAUUGGGAUUGGCGAGAACCCUGAGGGUUAAAAACCUGAAAGUAUGUGGGGACUCAAGACUUGUGGUGUCACAGGUUAAUGGAGAAUUUGAGGCACGAGAAGAAACAAUGCUGAAAUACUUAAGGAUUGUGAAAGCCCAGAUGACGCAAUUUAAAGAAUGUUUGGUAGAACAUAUACAUAGGGAAGAAAAUACAAAGGCUGAUGCCUUAUCCCAGUUUGCAUCCUCAGAGAAUGAGGUAUGCUCGGGAAGUGUUUACUAUCAGGUUUUGAAAACCCCAAGUAUCAAUGCCAAGCUGGUAGCCCCAAUUGACACGGGGGCCACUUGGAUCGAUGAGGUCAAAACGUAUCUCGAAACUGGACAUCUACCACCUGAUGCUGGGGAAGCACGAAAACUACAAGUAAGAGCUUUAAAGUAUGCACUAAUUGAAGGGAUUCUCUAUAAGAAAUCUUGUGUUAUACCUUAUUUGAAGUGUUUAAGGCCGGAUGAGGCCCGGGAAGCCCUGAAAGAGGUCCAUGAAGGAAUCUGUGGCCAGCACCUAGGCGGGAGAGCCUUGACUCACAAAAUUAUUCGCCUUGGGUUCUUUUGGCCAAAUAUGCUGAAGGAUGCGAAGGAUUAUGUUAAGAGAUGCGAUCGUUGUCAGAGAUUUGUACCUGUUGUGCGCCAGCCCCCAGAGAUGCUAACAUCCAUUAACUCCCCGAUUCCCUUUGCUAUGUGGGGGAUGGACAUCCUAGGGCCGUUUCCACUCGCCAGUGCUCAAAGGAAGUAUGGCAAACCCCGAGUCUUGGUUACUGACAAUGGAGCCCAGUUCAACAAUCCAGAGUUUGUGGGAUAUUGUAACGACUAUAGCAUUGAGCUACGAUUCACUUCGGUUGCCCAUCCUCAAGCCAAUGGGCAAGCUGAAGUAGCCAACAGGAUAAUCCUUGAUGGGCUAAAGAAAAGAGUUGAGAAAGCGCAUGGGUCUUGGGCUGAAGAGAUUCUCCCUAUACUAUGGGCAUAUCGAACAACCUGCAAGGUCUCCACCAGAGCAACCCCGUUCCAGUUAGCUUACGGGGCUGAAGCCGUGGUGCCACUUUUAAGAAGCUGA